CAUGUUUUUUGUUGAGGAAACAUUGGACAAAAAGCUGUGCCACAACCUUGCAGCUCCUUCAAGUUGACAGGACCUUCCUAUAUUCUCUAUUUUGUCCAAUGGAAACCAAAGGAUGGAGCCAGCAAUGGAAGAUGCACCUGCCAGAGUUUGCCAGCAAGACGGAGAAUGAGAGGGAUGGGGGAGGGCAACAGAAAAGUGUUACUAUGGCUCCCACCUCUCAGUAUCUGAGCGGCAGGCAUUAUAUAAUGAGGAAGCCUCUCUUCUCCUCAGAACAACGUAUAUCUAUCUUAAAGAAGACUCAACCACAGAAGCACCUGCAGAAGGAGAAACAUUUGAGUGUCUGCAGGACAGAAGAAGAUCAGCACUAUGCUAACAUCAGCUUGUUGAGCAGAGCUGAGAAGAGAAGAGAACAGCUGACCCCAGAAAGCUUCAGCCUCUCUCACUGUGACCUAUCACCACCCUCAGCCUCCACAGAAGAACUUGGCUCACCCCUGGGUGUUGCACACUUCAGAGGCAGGCUGUCCCAUGAAGAACCUACUGUAUCAUCUUUCCCUGGACGCAGGUCAGCUCAGCGGAGCCUCUCUAGCUCCAUCCUGGAGACUCAGAGACUAAACCCUCCACUGAGACCGCAACUAACCUCCACUGUCCUUAAUCCUACCUACACCCCUUGCUCAGGUUACUCUAGGUGGGGCCAGACUGAGCUCAGGUUGGGGAGGGGGGAACAGGUAGGGGCAGGGGAGACCAAGCUAAAUACGUGCUCUUCUGUAAGGCAGUCAAGGGGACGCACUAUGUCUUCCUGUCAGGCGAACUACUGGGCCUGUGCCAUCCCUAAAACUUUGCCCCCAUGCCCAGACAGGGACUCUGUAGGCUGGGAUCCAAACAAGGAGUACCAGUCCCUGCUGGACUACACCUAUCCUCUGAGACCAGAACAGCAGGUCAGUGAGUGGGAGCACUCUGAGGUCGGGGGAGACUGUCCCCUCCAAACAGACCCAAACCUGCAGGACUCAGGGAUUGAACUGGACCCCCUUUGUAGCUCGACUAACCUGUUGGGGUUUAACUAUUCCCUGAGCCCCACAUGGCGGGCCAGAGAAGGGGGCACCCUUAGUGUGUGUCAGAGGUCACCUGAACUGUGGGAAUUCUCCAAAUCCUUGGAUGGUCUGCCCUCUGGUGGCCCGCUCUUGCUAACACACCUAGCUGGUUUGUCCUCGGAGAGUUUGGUCUACAGUACAGACAGAGAUGAGAUGAAUCAUUACAGCAGUGGUAGUCGCCAUCAUCAGCUCCACACGCCGUCCUCCUUCACCUCCACUGCCUUCAUCCACUCCACUAGUGUGCUUCCUCAGUCCAGUUGUGUAGGUAUUGAGGUAGACGAGGAGUUCCAUCCUCUCCCAGAGCAGCUGGAGCAGAUGCAGCUUCUGUCCAGACAGGUGAGGGAGGUGACAGCCCAGCUGGGCCGGCCUGUCACAGCUAGCUGGGAGUCUCUGGAGCCAGGCACCACCUCCAUCCUCUCCUCCAUCACCCUGCCUGAGAAACAGGAGGCUAAAGAGCAGGAGGGCAGUCAAGUCAUAGAUGAAAGAAACAGAGAGGAGAGGACUGCUGCUGAGACAGAAAUGCAUUCCAUUUACCAUAUUUACCAUUUGUCAGCAGCUGAUUAUGGAGACUCUGAGGCAGUGAGGAAGAGUCCCAAAGCCUGGUUGGAGUCUGUUGGAGGAGGACUGAGUCAGGCCAGUCUCAAGGAAAUGGAGGCUUUGGUGGAACAGUUGUGUGGCCUCACCCUGCCUGACACUCAGAGGAGCAGCCAAGAGGACCAAAGUGUUUCCCUCAUGCAACGCAUUCAGAUCUUCUGUUCACACCUGGGACAGCUCAUCCAGUGGCUCCACACUGUGUCAGAGAAGAUGAACCUGCUGGACCCGUCCACCAUGGAUAUAGACAGUUUGAAGUCAUCGCUGGCUGAAUAUCAGAGUUUUCAGAAAGAGGUGAGCAAACAUCAGCCACUGACUGCCUGUGUCCUGCACAGUGGACAGCUGCUCCUCACAUGUGUCAACACCACCUCUCCAGUUUUAAGAGAUACACUUGUGUUGAUUGAGAAGCAGUCUAGAGCUCUGGAGAGCCACAGUGAACACUUCUUCUCCUCCAUCCUGGCUGCCAUGGACAGUCUGGCCCAGCCUAGUCAGCCCAGCAAGGUGAAGGACCUCGACCCUGUGUGGCUGCAGAGGUCAACCCUGUGA